UGUGGAAAUUAUCAAAGUAAACGGAGCUCUCAAAUAUCACACAUUAAACGUAGCCAUGGACAAAGUUGUGAAAUUCGCUGAGCCUGGUCGUGCAUUUGCCAAGGACUCCAUUCGUCUGGUCAAGCGCUGCAUGAAGCCCGACCGCAAGGAAUUCCAAAAGAUUGCCAUUGCCACUGCCAUUGGCUUCUGCAUCAUGGGCUUCAUUGGAUUCUUUGUUAAGCUGAUACAUAUUCCCAUUAACAACAUUAUUGUUGGCUCGUAAAUCUUGGCGAUUGGCAAUUAGACAGGAGGAGAAGGAGAUGAACAAUAAUAAUCAUCAAUUUUACGUAGCAUAUUUCUUUUCGCGCCUAAACAACAUAAAUAUAAUUUAAUUUUUUUUUCUGUAUAGUUACACCAAUCACUAUGUACAUUCAACGAAUGUCCUCUUUUUUGUAACAAAAUUUUCAUGUAUGUGAAAUGUAUUGCAAUAAUGUUCAAAAUCCCAUUCACAACACAUGAACGUUAGUUAAUAAGCGUCAGUAAU